AUGGAUACAACAAAAGCGAAUGAGUCGGGAAAAACACAAAAGGAGGAUGGAACAACUGCUGCAGAAAGUAUAUUUGGAUCUAUGACAGGGAAGACACCAAUACAGUGCCGGAGGAUGCUAGAUAAAUUUGCACAGGCAUUUGUUCAGAGAAGGAAAGAGAGAGCUGAGCUCGAAAGCUUGGCAGAGCUACAAGCAGUUGAAGAAAUUUUUUACAUGCACAAGCAAAACUCCGAAGCGGAAGGACAUAUGUCAUCAAACAUCACAAGGGCGAGCAAACAAAAAUGCAAGGACUUCGAUUUAAAUGAGGUGCUCAAAUUCGAGAACGAAGACAACGAAGGAUAUGCUGAUAGCAACAUCCCAGAAAUGCAUGCAGAUGGUGCAUCAUUUGCUGGUGAGAAUGCCUGCCCAACUGACAAUGCUGAUUAUUCAAAUGGUAAUGAGCAUGGGAACAAAGAAGAUGAUAAAUAUGAAGAAAUUCUUGAGUCAGUGCUGAAUCCAGAGGAACCGACUGCUGAAGAGCUUGAAAUGGACAAAAUGUUUGCAAACAAGAAGUAUCCAACAAUGCAAGAAAUAUCAGAGGCAUCUACUCCCACAGUUGGGAUGGAAUUUGAUUCAAAAGAUGAUGCAUUCUUCUUCUUUGCAGUGUACGCAAGAAGGGUUGGAUUUGCAAUAAAAAAGGACACCUCCUACGAGUCUAGAAAAACCAAUGAAAUAACAAGACAUACAUUUGCAUGCAACAGAUGCCGUGAAGAUACAUACGUUGACAGUGCACUCGGACAGAGACGGACUUCCAGGAUUGUGCAGACAAAAUGCAAAGUCAGAAUGUUUGUGAAGGAAUACAGAGGAAAGUGGUCCAUAAGUAACAUAAGACUAGAACAUAACCACAACCUAGCUCCAUCAGAGUGGAUAGUAAGGUUCAUGAAGUGUCACAGGUCAAUGUCUGCAUCAGAUAAAACUCUAAUCCACGUCCUACAAGAGACAAGAGUUCCACCCAGGAACAUAAUGAAAAUAUUCAGGAAAACAAGGGGAAGCUUCAGGGCAGUACCAUUUGAUACAAAAAACCUAGAGAACGAGCUAGCAAAAGAAAGAAAGAAAAUUAAGAACAGGGACAUUGAAGAGUUGCUGCUACUAUUCAAGGAAGCACGUGAAAAGAUGCCUGGAUUCAGACAUUCAAUUGAUGUUGACAGCGAUAAUAGAGUGAAAAGUAUAUUUUGGACAGACCAAAUAGGGAGGGUAAACUACUCAAAGUUUGGUCAAUUUGUAUCAUUUGAUACAACAUUUUCAACCAACCAGUAUGGAAUGCCAUUUGCUCCAAUAUUAGGGGUUGAUAACUAUGGCAAAACAGUCGUGUUCGGAGUAGGAUUGCUGGAGGAUGAGAGAGCAGACACUUUCAAGUGGCUGUUUGAGGAAUUCCUGUCUGCCAUGGACAACAAGCACCCAGAAACUAUAAUAAUAGACCAAGACGUUGCAAUGAGGAUUGCAAUAUCUAAAGCAUUACCUUACACAGUGCACCGUUUCUGCAACUUUCACAUCAGCAAGAACCUGGAUGACAAGUUGUCCCUAUUCUUUGCAGUUAGAGGGACUCUAAAGGAAGAACUAAGAGCAGUUAUAAGGAACUCAUUUACUCCAGAGGAAUUCGAAAAUAGCUGGCAUGAUCUACUAGAGCGUCAUAAUGCUUUGGGAGAGCCACACCUGGACAGGAUAUAUGACAUCAGAGCUCAGUGGGUCCCAGCAUAUUUCAAAGAGAGAUUCUUCCCAUUCACUUCAUCGACGGGAAGAAGUGAGAGCACAAACUCCUUAUUCAAACACUACGUAAAAAGGAAGGACUCGAUUGCAACAUUCUUCAAGGAGUAUAUCAUAAUACAAGAAAAGAAACAGUCAGACCUAGAUCGCCUAAGAGAGAAAAGUGAGUUCAAGGAGUCUGUGAAUUGGGGAUUCAACCCUCUUGAAAGGGAAGCUAUGAAAAUCUACACAGACCCAAUAUACGACAAGUUUGCUGAAGAGCUAAGGAAGGGUACUGCUUACAAUGUUGAAGUUGUGGAAGAGAAGAGAAUAUACAGAGUGAUUAGGGUGACUAACUAUAGGAAUGCAGAGUUCCCCAGAUCAACAUAUAUGGUUAGUGUUUCCCCUGAUGAGGAUGUGUACAAAUGCUCGUGCUCAAAGAUGGCUCGUGAUGGAAUACAAUGUUGCCAUGUCUUGAGGGUGGCUACUCAUAUUGGUUUGACUGAGCUUCCUGUCAGUUUCAUCAACCCUAGAUGGACUACUGCAGCUGGGAUAGAAGUAGCACGAUUGACGAAGAGAAGAGGCAAUAUAACAUCACAGAAUACACACUUGGCUGUUAGACACACAAUUGAAAUGAGCAAAAUAUCACACAUACUAUCUACUGUCUGCAAGGAUGAUAGGUCAUACGACUUGUUUGCUGAAGGAGUUGCUGAGAUGAAGAAAGCUAUAUGCAAAGAUGCAUUUGAACGCCUCCAGACGAAAGAAAAAGUCACACGUAAGAGAAAAAAGGUUGAUGACCCAGAUCAACAAGAUACUGACAAUAUGCGUCAUGAAGACAGAGAAGACAACAAUCAUGGACACAACAAUGAACAGAUACACCCUGAGGAGAAAAAUUCAAGUGACGAAGAAAAAAAUGAAGAUGAGCAUCGCCCUUAUAAGGAUCCACCACAGUCAGGAAAUCCAGGGUUCAACCUAGGUGAAAGACCUAUGAAUUUCCAUGAGAAAUCUUCUGCAAAACUAAAGAAAAAGGCUGCACCAAGAUUGUGUGGACUUUGCAGGUUGCCUGGACACAAAAGACCAAAAUGCCCAGACAGAGACAAGGUUGGCAUGACCAUACCAUUAAUGGAUUCCAAUAAAGAAGAAGGGAACCCAUGA